GUACAAAUUGUGCAAAAACAAGGUAACUAACAUCUUGCGAUAGCUUGUCAAUCACUGAUUAGACGGCUGUGGAAAUGUUUGCUCGGUUUUGUUUGCCUAUUGCAACAUGAUGCCCUCUCUGCUCCCGUCUGAUGUGGAUUCAUUUGGUGGGAAACUGGUUUCUAAGGGAAGGGAUGAACGGUCGCUAAUUCAGAAUUGAAUCCUACGGGUCUUUUUAGUGCUUAAAAAUGAGCUUAAGGCUUUUUCUCAUGGUUUUUGUUUUGACCACCUGUGGCAUCCGUGCUUGCCCGCACUCGUGCUCCUGCUCCUUUUCACCUCGGGGCGCCGAGGUGGAGUGCAGUGACACCUCCAUGACGUCCUUCCCCGUGGACGCUUUACCUCCCAACACCACUCGCUUAUCCGUCCAGUCCACCCAGCUCAGCGCCGUAGAACCCCAUCAUCUGGGCGCAGUGACCCUUCUGAGGAGUCUCCAGCUGUAUCACAACAAACUGGACAAGCUUCCUUGGGAUCUCCUGAGGAACACUUCCCAACUGACCACUUUGGAUCUCACAGGUAACCUUCUCGUACGAUUGCCUCCAAAGAUCUUCGACCAGAAGUCUCUGCGCAACCUGCUCCUUAAGAACAACCGCAUUGAAGAAGUCGAUGCUGAGUGGUUCUCGGAAACCAGCAGCCUCAUUCAGCUCGAUUUAUCCAGGAAUCUAUUAUCCCGCAUCCCGUCUGUUUUUCUGCACAAACUGGAACACCUAGAACAUCUUGACCUGAGCCAUAACAACCUUGAAGAACUCCAAGCAGGAGCCUUGGAGAAACUACACCAGCUGGACACCCUUAACCUCGCCAGGAACAAACUGAGCACCCUGAACCAUUCGCUUUUCAAACACAACCAGAGGCUUUCAAGACUGUUCCUGCAGGAGAAUCAUCUCAGGGAGCUUCACCUGGGACUCCUCUCGGGUCUUCCCCGCCUUCAGAUGCUUCUUCUCAACCAGAACCAGCUCCAACGUCUCCCCCAAAGCCUGCUGGGUGGCACGAACUCUACUUUCCAGAUGAUUCUGACUGGGAACCCGUGGCUGUGCGAUGAGAAGAUCGACUAUCUGCGGCGAUGGCUUAUCGACCACCCUGGCAAUGUCUUCUUCUUGGACGAGGUCACUUGCACCGGCCCGGAAACUCUCAAAAAUAGACCGGUGGCAUCUUUAACAGGACAUGACCUUGGUCUUGUCGGAGAUGAGGAAUUGGCUCAUUUUCUGGAUAAACACGAUUGAAAAUGAUCAUAAACCCCGCCUUUCGCCCAAAUGCAGCUGAGAUAGGCUCCAGCAACCCCAAAAGGGACAAACGGUAGAAAAAAAAUGGAUGGAUGGACAAUACAAAUACACUACCUAGUGGCGGUGCAAUUUAGUGUAUAAAUCAACACCAAAAUACUGUGCACACUAAAAAAUGCUGGAUUAUUUUGAUAACCCAAUUUAUGAGUUGCUUGUGUUGGGUUAAAUUCUGGAGUUAUUUUAAUGAAUAGCAAUCCAUUUUUUGGGUUAUAAGGAUAUUAUUUCAACUCAUUUCCUGGGAUUGAAAAAUUAACCCAAAAUGUUGAGUUAAAAUAACUCAAAUAAGGGGUUUGUCCUUUUCUGAACCGGCAGUCGGGUUAAAAUUGGGUUAUUUUGAUAACCCAAUUUAUGGGUUGCUAGUGUUGGGUUGAAUUUUGUUAUUUUUAUGAAUAGCAUUCCAUUUUUUGGGUUAUAAGUAUAUUAUUUCAACUCAUUUCCUGGGAUUGAAAAAUUAACCCAAAAUGUUGAGUUAAAAUAACUCAAAUAAGGGGUUUGACCUUUUCUGAACCGGCAGUUGGGUUAAAAUUGGGUUUUUUUGAUAACCCAAUUUAUGGGUUGCUAGUGUUGGGUUGAAUUUUGUUAUUUUUAUGAAUAGCAUUCCAUUUUUUGGGUUAUAAGUAUAUUAUUUCAACUCAUUUCCUGGGAUUGAAAAAUUAACCCAAAAUGUUGAGUUAAAAUAACUCAAAUAAGGGGUUUGUCCUUUUCUGAACCGUCAGUUGGGUUAAAAUUGGGUUUUUUUGAUAACCCAAUUCAUGGGUUGCUAGUGUUGGGUUAAUUUUUGUUAUUUUUAUGAAUAGAAAUCAAUUUUUUGGGUUGUGAAGAUAUUAUUUCAACUCAUUUCCUGGGUUUUCAAAAUGAUGAACCAUUUCUGGGUUGUUUUUCAAGUAGCAACGCAUUUUUGGGUGAAACAAUUUUGUUUAAUUAAAGAUAUACUUUUUCUUGAAGGGAAUUUUAUUAUGGAUUAACCUCAUUUACAUUAUUUACAAUCACCCAGCAUUGAGUUAGCAUAACUCAACUUUUGGGUUAAAUAAUUCAACCAAAUAGUUAGGUGGUGAAUAACCCAACAUUUAGUUGGCAUAACCCAACUUUUGGGUUAAAUAACUCAACGCAAAAGUUGGGUUGAAAAAUUAACCCAAAAUGUUGAGUUAAAAUAACAUCAAAUAAGGGGUUUGUCCUUUUCUGAACCGUCAGUUGGGUUAAAAUUGGGUUUUUUUGAUAACCCAAUUCAUGGGUUGCUAGUGUUGGGUUAAUUUUUGUUAUUUUUAUGAAUAGAAAUCAAUUUUUUGGGUUGUGAAGAUAUUAUUUCAACUCAUUUCCUGGGUUUUCAAAAUGAUGAACCAUUUCUGGGUUGUUUUUCAACUAGCAACGCAUUUUUGGGUAAAAGGUUUUGUUUUGUUUAUUACAAAAGAAAGUUGUUUCCUGAAGGGAAUUUUAUUAUAGAUUAAUCUUACUGCCAUUAUUUACAAUCACCCAAAAUUGAGUUAGUGUAACUCAACUUUUGGGUUAAAUAAUUCAACCCAAUAGUUAGCUGGUGAAUAACCCAACAUUUAGUUAGCAUUACUCAAAAGUUUUGUUGAAUAAUUAAACGUAAAAGUUGUGUUGAAAAAUUUACCCAAAAUGUUGAGUUAAAAUAACUCAAAUAAGGGGUUUUUCCUUUUCUGGACCAGCAGUAGGGUUAAAAUUGUUUUUUUUUUUGAUAACCCAAUUUAUGGGUUGCUAGUGUUGGGUUAAAUUUCGGAGUUAUUUUAAUGAAUAGCAAUCAAUUUUGGGGGUUAUAAGGAUAUUAUUUCGACUCAUUUCUUGGGUUUUCAAAAUGAUGAACCAUUUCUGGGUUGUUUUUCAACUUGCAACGCUUUUUGGGGUAAAAUGUUUUGUUGUUUUAUUUAAAAAGAUGCUUUAUUCUUCAAGGGAAUUAGAUUAUGGAUUAAUAUUGUUUACAUCAUUUACAAUCGCCCAACAUUGAGUAAGCAUAACUCAACUUUUGGGUUGAAAAAAAUUAACCCAAAAUGUUGAGUUAAAAUAACUCAAAUAAGAGGUUUGUCCUUUUCUAAACCAACCAAUUGGGUUAUUUUUUAACCCAACAUUCUUUUAGUGUGUAAGCUCUGUAGUUUUUAGAUCUUUGUACGCGUCAAAGCCGGGCCAAUAAAUCAAUUUCAUGGAACGGUAAAAGAAAGUGGACUUUGCCAUGUUUGUGUGUUUGUUUGUUUACUUCAUAUCUUUCUUCCAAACAGGGUGCAAGAGGUUUCACUCUGUGCCUCGCUCCAUGAGUUUGUUCAAUAACAGAAUCAAAUAAAUAGAGUGAAUCCUCUUGUCAGUCAUCCACAAGAUUGUGCUCGGGGAAAAUAAUUCCACUUCGAGAUGUUCAAUAUUUAUUUAAAUGCAUUUUUUCCCUAGCAGAGAUUUAGAGAAGGGAUGUGCAGGUCGAUCGGCCAAUUUUGACUGAUUUAAAAAAUGCUCGCCCUCUGGUCAACAUAUGAAAUAACAAGUCCGUGUAAAAAUUUGAAGUGCUCUCUGUCAGGUUCAAACACCGAUGACGUCUAUUAGACGAGACAAGAAGCAAGGAAUCAGACCGAGACAGGAUUCAAUUUUGCUCAUAAGAAUAGCCCGUGCACUUGUACCCUCGUACAAUGUCGCUCCACGUCUCAUCAUUUAUUUGGGCAUUCCCUAAUUACAUGGCUGCAGCUGUUUCUAAGGGGAAGGAGGUCAUAAACAGCUGCCGCACUCGGUCAUAAACAGUUUAAAGAAAAGGUGCCUGAAGCAGUGUCAGGUCUGCUCCCUCUCCCUGCUUUGUAGCUCUCGGGUCAUGACAAGGUCUUCCUGUGGCUGUCCGAUAGAUCAAAGAAGCCGACACCUCCACGUCGCAUCCCAUCGCGCACAGUGGAGGUUUACAAGCGGUAGGCCUUUUGCUUGAUGAGAACAAAGGGCAGCCUGAACUCAUGGGAAAACAAGUUGUGUGAUAACUUAUACACAAUUAUUCUGACACUUCCCCUCUGGUCAACGUAUGAAAUAACAAGUGUGUGUAAAUAUUUGAAGUGCUCCCCGUCUGGUCAACAUAUGAAAUAACAAGUCUGUGUAAAUAUUUAAAGUGCUCCCCCUCUGGUUAACAUAUGAAAUAACAAGUUUGUGUAAAUAUUUGAAGUGCUCCCCUUCUGGUCAACAUAUGAAAC